CGGUAGCGAGGACUUUCUCAACACAGAAAAAAACAUUGGCUCGAAGGGAAAGCAACGGCUUCGGACAGAUAUUUACGGGCAAAGACUCGAAGAAAUUGUUUUCUUAGCGUUUUGCUUCCUUCAAACUAUAAAAAGACUGGUUUUUUUAAAAGCCAAAAACCGGGGUUAUCAGCGAUUGAAGAUGACAGACGAGAAUCAUUUGAACGCGGACGACAGUGAGGAUUCUAAAUUUUUCGGAUUCGUAAAAUGGUUCAAUAUUGCCAAAGGAUUUGGUUUUAUAACGAGGAAUGAUGGAGGCGAAGACUUCUUUGUUCAUCAGAGCGCAAUUAAAUCUAAUGGCUACCGCACCUUAGUGGAGGGAGAACAAGUCUCAUUCAAGAUCACAGACAGUGAUAAAGGACGAAUAGCAGUUUGUGUGACCUCUACAGAUGGAGGCAAAAUUAAAAGCGCGACGCGCAAAACCCGUACAAAACAAGGUGCUAGAAAAUACACCUCUUUAUGCUUCAACUGUAACAAAGGCGGGCACAAAGCCAAGAAAUGCCCGUACGAGAGGACCACAAAUAGACUUUGCCAUAAAUGCGGAUCUAACAUGCAUAUUAUUCGUAAAUGUCCACUGGUCUUGGCUCACGCGAUGGAACAUUCGGAAAACAGAGCCGAGGAGCAGCAGCACCAAAAGGAAUGCGGAAAAAUGGAUUCGGGCAAAGAACAUUCUUUAGAAAAAAUUGAAAUCGGGAAAAUUAUGGACAAUCAUAAUGCCGCUACGGUAGCGUGAUAAUGGGAGCUGUCACGUGGAAAAAUUACGUCAUCAUUCACGUGACAAAGGGGAGAUAUACGAUGCGGCAUCAGUCACGUGACAAUUAUAAGCAAUGGAGGUGGCAUGUGUCAUGUCACCGAUCACGUGACAAUUAUAAGCAAUGAAGGUGGCAUGUGUCAUGUCACCGAUCACGUGACAAUUAUAAGCAAUGGAAGUGGCAUGUGUCAUGUCACCAAUCACGUGACUAUUAUAAGCAAUGGAGGUGGCAUGUGUCAUGUCACCGAUCACGUGACAAUUAUAAGCAAUGGAGGUGGCAUGUGUCAUGUCACCAAUCGCGUGACAAUUGGGUCUAUAAGGCAUAUACCAGUUAAAACUUGAUUGUCUAUACUGAGUAACAGACUGCUACACAGGUUCGAAAAGUUAGAUUGGCAGGAAAGUGACAAUGAACGUGUCAGAAACACAGAGGGGGAAGAGGUUUGGGGAAGGGAAAAAACAUUUUCCCAAGAAGCGGGGGAGGGGUAUCGAGUAGUACCAUGUGAUAUCAUAUAUUUUGACUGUUGAAAAAAAGUCAGUAUUGAUUGUCUUCUGUUAAUAAGAUAUUAUUAAAAUAUUGAAAGAUUAUCAUAUAGA